GCCAGAGCCAGUGGUGAUGGAGAAGACGCCGUCCCAGGACCAGAAGACUCACACCUGGCGGGGCCGGUACGUAACGGCUCUACAAGUCGGAAUUCCACAAGGGAUCCGGUUGAGCGAAUAUCUGGAAAACCCCGCGACGACAAACGACUUCCUCGGUCGUACUCAAAUCGCAGCACAAGUUGUGACCGCUGUCACGGAGAUGCACGCGAAAAAAUUUUAUCACCACGACAUCAGGCCAAGCAAUUUCCAAGUGUCUUACGAUGGUGCACAUACAAUCAAAGACAGUGGGGAAUCUGGCACUCUCCCCGACGAUGACGGCGCAGGCCCAACUGGCGGGCUCGUGGUAACGCUGAUGAAUUUCAGCAAGGCCUAUCGUUAUGACCCGCAAGACAGAUUACCGCCAUGGAACAAAAUGGUGCAGCACGAUGAGUGGGCUACUAGAUCGAAACCGGAGAAGAAAGAUCGAGAUCCAUCUUCACCGACUGUGAACAAUCAGGAAGAAGUCCUCGUAUUCGAUUGCGCCGACAGACAAAGCUACGCCCCUCCUUUCGAUAAUUUACAGACGAACGACAAGUCUGCGCGGGAUCUUGGUACGGGCCAGACCCGGCGAUGCUUCAACAGCAUCAGCAACCCCUACUCGGAUUAUUACUCCUUGGGACUGGUGCUGCGCGAACUCGUCUGUGAGAUGAACGAGGUUGACGCCCAUCAAAAAUACCGGCAGAACUUCGGUAGCGAGGUCAGCGCUGAAACGGACCUCUCCGCCUCCCUAGACACAUGUGGCGGCCGCCUGCUUUCGCCCCCGGCCGGGCCUAUCCCUGAUCCUGAGCGCGAGGAACAUGUAAAAAGGAUCAAAAGCUGCAUCACAAAGCUGCUUCGCGCACCAUUUGACCCGCCUAGUAUUGCUGUUGGUGCUGAUCGUGCUGGAAUUGAUAUUGCAGAUUGUGAAGUCUUCCGGCAGCUAAUCAAGGUACGACCAGCACCACCGCCAGCGGGGGCAGAGUCUUCAUUUUCAGCAGCAUUUUCGGGAUGGGGCGUGCGCUCCGACGAUGCCUCGUCGCAACCACCUUUGCUCGAACUCCCCAAUGACGAAAAGGAACGACCACUUGUGCUACGCACUUGGCAAAAAACUACUUCUGAAGAUCAUGGGGAACCACGAUUGACAUCCCCAUACAAAUUCAGUGUAGUACUACCAACCCGACACCCCUCGGCCGUCACCACCGUUGCGAGCCCCGACCAACUACCUCCAACCCGCCCUGGAGACCAAUCCGCCAGCCCUGGUGAAUUCCUGACACUACAGAUAGUUGCACAACCAAAACCGACCGCCUCUACUGGUGGAGCAGGCAGACCACCUGAUAGUGCUAUAAUAUGGUCGCCCCUGGCCGCCAGCCAUGUUCUCCCUCAGAUAGUAGAGAGGAGGCGUGUCGGCGUCGGGCCAAGCAUUGAGGGCGUGACUGCCAAGAGGUGGGGCCAGGAGAUCGUGUGGAAUAAUGUGGUCAAGAAAGGUCUCGAU